UCCGGAAAAAAGAAGCAAAGUCGUGGUUUACACCGGACAUUUUAAAAGUGUCGGACAACAAUUUAGAGGACUUGCGCAAUGUCGCAAAUAACCCCAAAAUAGUCUAAAACGGGAGAUUAUACACUUUUUAUUGGCGGCCAUGUGGGUCGCCUGGCGGGUUUUAUCGUCAGUAGCACACAGUCGUCAGUAUGCAGGUCAAUCUGGCUUGUUCCGACGCCCUCUGCAAGGCUGUCCUCUUGAGACGGAGCUGCGCUACCUCCAGUGCACAUGUUGCUGGAUGAGCAGAAUUCCUGUAGCCGUGGUAGAAAGCCUAACCGCCGUCGUCUCUCCGCCGUCCCCUGGGUCCUGUGAGGAGGAGGAGCACGGAGCCGUCUUGGACUCCUCCUACACCACCGAGCAGCGAGACACCAUCUUGCAGCUGCUCAACACCGCUUCAGCGGAGGAGCUGGCCGGCGUCAAGCUCCUCAGAGGACGCAAGUGCAACAACAUAGUGGACUACAGGAGCAAACAUGGACCGUUUAGGACCUUAGAGAGUGUGGUGAAGGUACCGCUCCUGAAGCACAAAAGCGCUGUCAUCGUGUUCGACUCCAUACUCAACCCGGUGAAGAAGGGGAAGAAAGUGCGGAUUCAGUUGGCAAAGUUCAUCAGGCCAGAGGUGGACAGGUCCUGGCUGGAGGACGCCAACUCCGUGGUGUCACUAGUGUGUGCAACUAACAGAAUAGCCUGGGCACAUGUGGACAGAGGCAUGACUCUGUUGGACUGGCAGCAACAUGACUGUCCUAACUUCCUGAAGGGGACGUACAUGGCUUCCUCCUACCUACAUGAUGUGUCAGCAGUGGCGUCCCUCUUACCUUCAGCUGACUUCUACAUCAUCGAGAAACCAUCCAUCUCUGUCCAGAACACCGCUUUGUUCCCAGUCAUGGCCCACUUGAGGACAGUGGAGGCCAUGUUGUUCGCUCUCCUGGAGCCCAGAAACGUCUCGUCAGAUUGUAACGUCCCUCCCAGAGUCCUGAACAUGAUGCGCACUGCCGUUGGACGCCACUUCGGACUGAUGGUGGGCGAAGCGCGGACCAGCGGUGCUCAGGCAGUGCGGCGGUUGAUGACGGAAUCAGUGACGCAGAAAUUUCCGCGGGUAAACAUUCCGCCGGGUAUGCUGGUCAAGUACAGGGACUCGUUCCAGAUAAGCAACAUCAGGAAAGGAGCAGGGGGUGAAGAGCUCUGCGAUGCUCUUUUGCAGGCGGUCACUUUUUACGAGCUCCUCAACAAAUCUUCUAGUUAGCGUCCGCUGAUCUGGCAAAACACACGAGAGAAGAUCUUAUCACUUUGGAACAAUUCUACUUAACCUGAAAGAUGCAAACCACCGCUUGAACAAUCUUUCUUUGGUUUCUGAGGUCUACUAGGUACAACAAGUAUCAACCAUCAGUACUUGAGCGGUUGAAAUAAGACUUUUUAUUUACAUUUCAUGGUUGCACAUUAUUUAAUUGGACUGGAGAAAAUAAAUAUUCUAAAUAUUAUAACUAGUGAGGUAGUUUGCUUAGAUUGCCAGGCUUUUGCUGGAGAAAUCUUCUGCCAUGAGGUGUAAAGUUGACUUGGAGAGGCCCAGGUGUAAGUUGUAGAGGUAGUUCGAACACCUAAUGCAGGAGAAGAGGAGAAAAUAUUGUUAGUAAAUACAGCAAAAAGACAUUAAAAUAUAAAUUUCCUCAUACAGUCGUCCCUUGCCGUAUUACGAUACAAAGCUUGCGGCUUCAUCGUAUCCUAUGUUUUUUUUUUUAACCAUAUUUUGGCCUAAAUUAAGCAUAAAAAUGGAACAAUAGAUUAUUGUAUAGUUAACACUACUCAACUGCAGAGUUCCAGGGGUCUAUUUGUACAAAUGCAUUUUAUAUUAUAAGAUGUAUCCAUCCAUUUUCUACUGCUUGUCCCUUAAGGGGUCGCGGGAGGUACCAGAGCCUAUCCCAGCUGCAGUCAGGCAGAAGGCGGGGUACACCCUGGACAAGUUGCCACCUCAUCACAGAGCCAACACAAAUAGACAGACAACAUUCACACUCACAUUCACACACUAGGGCCAAUUUAGUGUUGCCAAUCAGCCUAUCCCCAGGUGCAUGUCUUUGGAGAUGGGAGGGAGCCAGAGUACCCGGAGGGAACCCACGCAGAUCCCGAGCCUAAGAACGAACCCAGGACUUUCGUAUUGUGAGGCACACGCCCUAACCACUGGUCCACCAUGCUGCCCAUUAUAACAUAUAUUACAAUACAAUUGCAACCAAUACAACAGCUCUUUAAACUCCACAGUAGACUUCAGCUUGUCUACAAUAAACACAAAGGAGGCGUCUAUUUGAGGUGUGGCGUUUGUUAAUUUUAUUUGGAAAAUGACUAUAAAAACACCUAAGUACUACUCAUAUAUGGUGUUUCCUCUUUUACCACGACUUCUACAGUGGAUUCGAGCCGUAUAUACUUUUUUUUGGAAAGAAAAUGUAUUAUUUUGCUUAUUCGACCUUGCACGUUUCGCAGACAAUUAUGUGUUGCUUGUGUUUGCUGUAAGAAAUACACUUGAAGAGGAGCCUCUGGAUGAUCCGUAAAUGUUCUGCUUUGCCGUGCAACACCGCACUCAUCAUGAUUGUCAUCUUCUUUAGCCAACAUACUUCAAUUGUACUGCACAAACACCACUCAAUAUAAUCUGGUCAGUACACA